AGAAGAUAACUCUCGCUUAUCUUUAUUUUCUCUUCGUCCUUCUUUUUCUUUCUUCCAUAUUCGUUAUUAUCUCUUCUUCUCUUUCUUUCUUCUGUUAAUUCUCUUCUAUGAGAGAUUGUGAGAUCAAGAAGAGGCUGUGUGAUCGGUAGGAAGUGUGAGAAGAUCGUGGAGUAGUUGAUGGUGGUGGUGUUCGAUUAGAUUUUGAAGAAGAUUAAAAGAUAGAUGAAUCAGAGAGAAGCAUAACUAGGGUUUGUAGUUAGACUUUGAGUUCGAAGUAAAUUAGUUGGGUUGAAGAGUUGUUAGUAGAUGAAGGACGAAUGGGUUAUUGUUUAAUUGAUGUUUUGAAGUGGUUCUGAUGAUGAAUUGAAGAAUUUAGGGUUUUGAGAUUGAUGUUGACUGCAUGUUAAAAUUGAUAAGUGAUUCGGAUUGUUGUUGAUGUGAUAUGGGUUUGGUUGAAUUAAGGGGUUGAGUGGAUGUUAUGAACUCGAAUUGGGGAGUGAGAAUCGAUCCAGGGUUCAUCUGAGGGUUGAUGGUGAUGAUGGAAACUUAGGUUUUUAUAUGAGAUUGAGAAGAGAAGACUAAUAUCAGAGUAUAAUUGAUGAUGAAUUGUUGCUUCAAGGGAUGUUUCAAACUCAGGGGAGAUGGGAAUUGGUUUUCAGCAUCAUUGAGUGGUGGAACAUCAAUUCAGGGAAGACUAUUGUUGGGUAAGUCUAUGUGUUGCUUAAUUUCACAGUUUGAAGUUGAAUUGUUUUGCUUGUAUGUGUUGAAUAGAUUCAGUUGGUUGAAUGGGUUAUACAAAUAAGAAUAAAAGCUAAAUUUAUGAUUAUGAUGAAGUGAUGAUUGUGUUACUGAGACUGCAGAUGCUAGCCCAUAGCAGAUGGUUGUCGGUAAUUGUAGCUGAGAUACAUAGUGUUAGAAAGAAUCUGGUAUGGAAUUGAAAUGAGCAAUUCAGUGGUGAGGAUAUGGAUACUGUGUGGGUUUGUGUUGGUGGUUGGAGACAGUGAUGUACUUGUGAAUUCUAAGUUAUAAGUGUUAUAUAGAGACUUGAAUGUUGUCAAUGAUCUGAGUUAUAGAUGUUAGAAUUAUUUUAGUGGUACAGAUGAAUGUGAAAUUGAAUUGUGGUUGAAGUUUAUGUUGUAUUGGAUGUUAAGAAGAUGGUGUUCUAAGUUGAUUGCAUGAGGUGAUGUUUUGUUUGCAGUUUAUGAGAAUACUGAAUCUGAAUCAGUUUGUAAUGGAUUGGUUGUGAUUAUGGUGGCAGACUCGAAUUGUAUUUAACAAAAGAUGAGGGUAUGACUUCUAAAGUUGUAAUUGAGUUUAGUGGUGACUUUGUAGAGUGACUGGAACUGAAUUGAGAUGUUGCAGGAGGUAUGGUCGUAUGGCUGAAGUUGUAGAAGAGGUAGAAUUGGUACUGUGUUGGUAUAUAUGAAAUUGUGUUGUGUGUUGAGUUGGGAGAGCAUAAAUUAUAUAGGAUUGAUGUGUAGAAUCAUAACUAGAUAGUCUCUUUGAAAGCCUGCUGCUACUGCAAUUGCAGGAACCAUUGGUCUUCCGAAGAAGCCCGUGGAUAAGGAGCGAAGGCCCUCUUCGUCUACGAACUUACCUCCGAGAAUGGAUCAUCCUGGUGCUACGCCAUCUCCAUCAUCUGAGGAUACUGAGGUAUCUGUGAGUACUGAGAUGACUAUGGUGUCUGAGGCUGUUGUGGUCGCAGAGGUAGAAGAAGUUGUUGUUGGGGAUCUUCCACCUCCUCCGCCUUAUUAUGAGCUGCAAAGGCUGUCACUUCGUGACAACGAUGGCUACUCCCAUCUGACCUUAAUUGAGAUUACCGAAUCUUCUUAUCUUGAUCACGGUAAAUGUUGGGCGUAUACUCCCUUUCUUAUGACUGAUCCAUGGUUUUUAGGCUCUGCUACCGCGGACCCCAGCGUUCCUCGUACUGCCUUUUCUUUGCCUAUGAAACGUGACGGGCACCAGCCUUGGUUUUCCAACCCUACCACUUCUCACGAGUCUUCCCCUGCUUCGUCUGCUGGGACUGCUCCGUGAUAUAUUGCUAAGACUGUCCCUAGC